AUGAAACGAUCGAACAGAACCUCCAAUCCUUCUCGUUGCUCUGAUGUUCCAAAGUUACGCAAAAAGCGACUUAAAAAGGAUUUGUUUGUUCAAAAUAAAUCACAAAAGAUCAAUAUGAAUUUUGCGGAUGUGGAAUUUUUUGAAGAAAGUAAAGAAAUUGAUGAAAUUGACGAAAUCGAAAAAAUUGAUGAAAUUGAUGAAAUUGAUAAAAUUGAUGAAAUUGACCAAAUUGACGAAAAUGAUGUAAUUGAUAAUGCCGAAGGUGAAAUUAAAAAAACUAGAAUUAAAGAAAAUAAAAAAUUGGCGGAUGAGGAAUUGGAACAUUUUGAUUUAAACACGUGCUUUACAAAUGUUAUGCUUGAUGUGCCAUUAAUCGAUGACAUUGAGGAAAACUCAGUAAAUGGCGAUAUUUUAGAAGAAAAUUCUACAGAAUUUGAAGGUUUUGAUGGAGAGUACGGACCAUACUUUCCAAAUUUUACGUCUGCAACAUUUAUUACAAAAUUCUCAUCCGGGGUUGUUUCGAUUCUGAAUGAGGACGAUUUUCAGCCGGGUACAUUAUGUUUAGCAACUAGCGCAUAUGAAGACCUAGCCAAGAUAAUUACUCAUCCUAAAUUUCGCAAAGAAGAUAUUAUCGGGAAUAUUAGACGUAUGCGUAAGUGGAGGUAUAGGUUACCUCUACUUACAGUACGUCAACAUGAUGUGCCUAUUUGUUCUCAAAAGGCACCAUCUGCACUUGCAUCUUCAAAAAAAGCAUUUACAAUAUCUCCGUUAACAUAUUUGGAGCGUAUAUUAAAUAAUCCAGCAAUUACACCUAAAUUAUACUUCGGACCUGGAGUAAUUAAAAAUGAAAAAAGCGAAUUCUGGCAUGGAAACCUCUGGCAAGAAUCUCCACUUUUUGGAUCACAUAAAAUAAGAAGCAAUAGUGGAGGUUGGUAUUGGAAAGUUUUUAAGAUUUAA